GACACAAAGUUAGCACACUUUUGUCUCGGGUUCCAUUCUCAAUCUACCAAAUUUAGGAAUCGAGUUUUUCUAAUUUAGUUCGGGUCAGAGUCUAGACUGCGUGUGCCCCUAAAAGUGACCAUCCUGCUCAUUCUGCAGUGCCACUUUAGAUAUAAUUUCUAAUAUUACAACCUGAUCUCGAUGUUUUGAAAUAAUAAACGCUAUAAAGAGUAUACAGUUUUAUAAUAUUUGUAUGCGCACCCCUACAGUACUUUAAUGAUACUAUUCCAUAAUUCACUUAUCAGGAAACACAGGCCGGUGUCAGUAUCAAUUUACUGAUCACCGUAGCUUGUACACACACUGAUUGCCAGUGUUGCAGACUUUGUUUACAACAGGAUAUUAUUUGUUCACAUUUAUAAAAUGUUACUCUGAAGUUAGUGGCCAUGGUGGAAUUAGAACUCGAUGAUUUGUAUUGCAACCACGAGUCACGACACAAUUUACACAGAAUUGAUAAUGAGGAGAGGGAAAGAGCAUCAGAGGAUACACCUCUACUCCAAAGAUUCCCACAAAUAACUAACCUAGAUAGGAAUCCAGUUACCACAGCCAUUGUCAGCUUGCUUCUUAUAAUAUUAAUAGCUGGUGUUAUAAUUGGCAUUUACUUACUGAUAUUACAAAAUAACUCUGAAAAUAUACUGCCACCAGUUGAUACUCCACUUCAAAUUGUGAACCGUUUGCAAUGGGACCGUGGCGAGGAAUUGUCUCUGUCGUCUCAACAAUUUCGCGCAAAGGAGCUGAUAGUUGUACAAACCGAUUCGGACCAGUGUUACAUUGUCGAUUCCUGUAUUAUGUUAUUACGUAAUAUGCAGGCGACUAGAGGCGAAAGAUCAUUGCCUUAUAACUUCCUGUUGUCGUCAAAUGGUGAAAUAUAUGAGGCUCUUGGUUGGCACUCGCCAUCGCCACUGUUUCCUGAAUACAAUAGCACAGCUCUAGUUCUAGCAUUUAUAGGAAAUUUUACAGAAGUUACGCCAAACAGUGUUCAAAUAGAGCAGACCAAGAACUUUAUUGCAGCAUCCCUAAGUGGGCAGCACUUGGAUCCUUCUUUUGAAAUGUUCGGGAAAAAAACCAAAGAAAUUCCAAAGUACCUGAUUCUUAGUUUAGAAACGCUUCCACGAUGGAGUAGUGUUCUGUCAGACACGUGAACAUAACAUUAGAUUAAUUUUAGCAAAAAAUAUAUCUUUAAACUAAAUUAACCUAAUAACACGGAGAAUAAGAAUGAUAUUAAUAGUACAUUGGAACUUAAUGUCAUUUACUCAUACAUAUCGUCAGAAGCGAAUGUCUGUUAUCAAUUUUAUUGCACAAAGAUAAAAAGUAUGAAGCGAUUGCUUUUUUAUAUAUAAAAUUAAGAUAAUUAACUUAUGAAACUACGAUUCGAUAGGUCUAAAACGUAUUUGGUUUUCGGUGGAAAAAAUCUCAUUAUCAAUCAAAGAGUACUCUAAUUCCACUGAUUUUGUGGUUUCCUUUUAUAAAUUCCAUAACUUACUACACCAGUUCAUUAGACCUGUGAGUUAAGUGGCUUAUGCCAAAAACUUGUGCUAAUCUGUGAGGUGACGGUGGUGGACUCGCAUUUUAUGAUGUUGGAAUCAAUCGAGCGCGAUAAAAUGUGUGCAUAUCUGAAAUUGCAAUCGUGAACAUAAUUAUAUUAGGGCGUUAUUUGGUUAAUAAUUAAUAUGCAAAAGUAUGUGCACUAGUCACACCUAUUUAGAUCUCUCUGUAGUCGAUUUAUUAUAAUAACAUUAAAUAAUCUUCACUAUAAUUUAUUUGCCAUCUUCGCUCAAAAUUUAAUUGUACUCACUGAUAGAAUACACAAUUAGAAUAAUAAAAAUAAACCCUCAUAUCAUUUAUUUUUAAGUGUAGCCCUGCAUUUAUAUUGUCUUGCCUUUUGACUAUAUAAUGACACAUAGACAAACUGGAAAGCUCUUUUAUGUAUAUAGAUACAACUUGUCGUUGUGUAUAUACUCAAUGCUAAUUAAAACCAAAAAUUCAUGUGAUAAGUUAAUUGCUGUAUUAAAUAAUUGUAAGCUUUGAUAUUCUUGUUAUUCCCCAUAAAGGUUAUAAUCUCUUUAACUUUCUCCCAAAAAAAAUCUAUACAUACUUUUUUAUCAUUUAUGGUUAUUUUGUCUAUAAAUAACUCUAUUAAAUGAUUUUGCAUUUGGUUUUUCUAUAUUAGAGUAUAGUAUAUAUUGUCAAAUUAAUGUUAUAUUUUCUCUGCAAUGCUUUUUUAAGAAUUUAUGUAAAAUAAUGUUUCUUGUGGAUCUAAUAGACAAUGUAAAUUCAUGGAAACAAAAUCAUUCAGAGGACUUCAGAGCUAUGUAGGAGCUUAAAAUGAAUUUUUAACAUAAUCGUUAAAUUAUAAUCAAGGGCAGAUUUGUAAGUACAUUGGACUUUUUUGUAUUAUGGAUGAAAUGGAAAAGCUAAUAUACCAUAAUUUAUGCAUCUGACUAUUUCUACACACAUUACGAAAAUUUCUUACUGUAAAAUUGCUGAUGACAUAACCAAGAUAAAAUGUGCUCUAUAUACAUAAUAAUAAUAACCACUAUAGAUUAUUAUCGCAUAUCAUCCCCUUAUCCUCACAUUUCCUUUAAUUUUUCAUUACAGUAUCUAUUGCAUUAAAAUUAGAUACUUGUAAUUAUAGUCAUCACAACGUAAUAAAAUAUAUUUCUUUUUUGUAAUAACUUUAAGUUGGUUUUUCAAACGAACUAUUUAAGAUAUCUUGUUUUUUCUUAGAUUUUAAGUUUUUUUUUUGUUUAAUUAUUUGUUUCCCACCAAUCCCUUUUUAAAAUCUCAUUCUUUUAUAACAAUUUGUAAAAGCGACGUCAGUAAUAAAAACAAUCUUUGUAUUAACAUUUCUGACACUUGUGGACGUAGUUUUCUAAUCUAUGAAUCUGUAUUAAAAUGUGGGAAUAGGUUCAUUUUUUUGGAUAUACUAUUUGGAACUUUUUGUAUGUACUAUUUGGGACGACUUACCCUCGAAUAAUUUGUGAGCUGAUUAAAACCAUUAAUAGAAUUUAUAUUAACUCUUAAGACAACACUAGAUUUGCUAUUUGAUACUUACUAAACGUAAAAUUUUGUUUGGGCAGUGGAUUCGAGAUCUAACAGUUCAAAGAAGUCAUGCAAUAAUUCUACUACUAUAUGAGCUCAAUUACACAGUUAAAUGUUUGUCUGUGAUAUAACAUUAACGAAUAACGAUGUAGUUUUGUAUAAUUUUAUUUAAAAGUAUAGUUUAAUGAGUAUGUGUCAUAAUAAUUUGUAUAAUAAUAAGUUGUGCUAAAAUUAAGCAGAAGUAAAAAAAGAACUAGAUUUUUAAGAAUAGUUUAUUUAACAAUUGUUUCAGCAUGUUCACGGAUUCUCAAUUCUAAGAUGGAAAUAGAUGCUGCAAGAAUAACAAUUUUAAAAUGUAAACUAAACUUGUUAGCAAGCCUAUGUUACACAAAACUCUUUUGAUAAUAUCAUAUGUAAUGAUAUAUUUGUCAAUUCUCUAAAACUUUUUCUCAUAGAUUUAAUGUAGGACAGUUAAAAUUUAUUUGGAUUUAGACUCUAUUCGUCUUAAUCUGGGACCAUAACUAGACACGCAAAGAAAACUUUGAUUUGAUGUCCGUAAAUGUGUUAAUGUGAAUUCUGUAAUAAUUAUAUCUAAAUUUCAUAAUAUA